GGUUUUUUUUUCUUUGCGGUAUCCUAGAUGCAACACUGGAAGGUUCCUCUAUGGGUUACCUGAGUCUGCCUUAUAGUCAGGAGCCUGUGGAGUUUCCAGGUGUUGUUCGUCUAUCUGAUGUAAAGGUAUCUCACAAAGCAGUUCUCUCUCGACGGAAACGCAACAUCCUUUUCCCAAGUGGAGUCAAACUUUGUGCACAAGAGACCGCUCCGCAGAUUGUUGCAAACCAUCUGAGCUACUUUCAUCUCAGAGUGUGCCAGGAGACCAUAUGGGAGGCUUUCAAGAUCUUCUGGGACCGCCUGCCAGAGCAAGAAGAGUACCAAAGCUGGAUGAGUCAGUGCCAGGAGGGCACAGUCACGGCACAAGAUAUUGGCACCUACUUUAGCCAAUCAGAGGAGCACCAGGCUCUGGUUAAAAAGAGAAUGUCACGGCCUGUGAGCCCACCAGGUCCUGGCAACAUAUGUGCAGAAGACACAGAGGACGCAGCUGUCACUGUCCCAGAAGUAGAGGAGAAUCCACUGGACAAUGACAUAGCUGUGGAGCCUCCUACCCCGGCUGUGCUGGAGCAGGUGGUGGAGCUCAGUAUCCUCUUGACCGGAGAGAAGUACAGCGACAACCUCAACGAUCCAGCCAGCCUCCAGUACCAAACGCUCAGCAGACAGCUUGCUGAAAAGAUAGAGGCUGCUUUGGAGGGGCUCCCUGGAUUUAAGAGUGUGUCUGUGCUGGAUUUCAGGCUGGAUGGUGUCGUGGUGGACUAUGCUGUCACAGUUGUGGUGGACGGAGCAGGAGUGAGCACUGAACAACUGGACUACCUGACCUUGCAGUCGAACCUGGUGGAAAAUUCAUACCGCGAGGUCAUGGAGCGCUAUACGGUGGUCUACACCAUCAGCGAGGUCAAGAACUUUGUAACCGAAGCCCUGCAUAACGUCGAGCUGGAGAAUGUGUCUGAGGUCCCUGAGUCUGUCAACACUGCAGACGGAGCCAUGAUUGAUGAUGCUGCUGAGCAACCAGAGGUUGUGAUCCUAGAAGAGGACGCUGAAGAUGUCAACAGAGAUGAUGUCCUGUCCGAGCUCUUUGAAACCAGCACAGUGGCGACAGCAGAUAUGGACAUCAUUGUUCUAGAGGAGAGUGCAGUUGUGCCUCCAGCUCCUGUCCUGACCACGACUGCACCUGAAGCUGGCAGCUUUGAAGAGGAGGGUCUGUUGCUGGAGGACACUGUGCAGACUCCUGCUGUAGAAAACCCUCCACCAGAGGAGCUCCCAGCUGAGCUUCCCUCCCCUGAGCUGCCAGAGGGUAUCACACUGCCUGAACCACCAGUGGAGGUCGAGGCCUCUGGUUCAGGCGCAGAUGACUUGGAGGACCUGCUCCGGCCAUAUACACCCACGGCAGCAGCAGCAGCAGAAGAGUCUUUUGAGGAGACUGGUUCAGAAGAUGGGCUGAUAACAGCAGAUGUCACCAUAAAUGCAGAUGUUGUGUCUGAAGCUGUAACAGUAGGAGUUGAUGUUGUGGCAGUGGGAGAAGAACCUACUAUUACAACUGUGGAAGACGAGCAUCCGGAUGAGGCUGUUGUGAAUGAAGCAGAGAUUCCAGAGGAGCUUGAGAUCUCCACAAUUGCAGCUGAGACCACAGAAAAGGAAGGCCUGCCCGCCCUAGUCCCACCUCCUGAGUCUGUAGAUGUAGAGGGUGAAGCAUCAGAGCCGGAGGCGGCAGAAACAGGUCUGCUUCCUCUUGAUGAAGACUCUGUGGAGGUCACAGAGGGAGAGCCAAAUCUCACAGAUGUUCCACUUGAUAAUGAGGAAGUUUACUCCAAACAGCCUGUGGAAUACGAAGACGUUAAUGUGGUGGUGACCUAUCCUGAGGAACCUGUAUUUGAAGAGGCUGGCAUGGAGGAAGCAAAAGAGAGCGAGGGACAAGAGGUGAAGGAAGAGACGUUACCCGAAGCUCCGGCUGUAGAAGAAGAAACCACAGCAGCUCCAGAGAUCUCGACAAAUGAUCUUACAGAGGAUGAAAUCUUACUGGUCAACAAGGAUGAACCAAAACCACCAGUGACAGAUUUUGUGAGCCCUCCCCAACCGACUGCCCUGUCUCCAGAGAGGGAGUCGCCUUUCACUCGUAUCUCUGAUGUAGACCCUGCCAUUGAGGGGCAACCUGACAUCAUCAUCCCUUCACUGGUGGAGAUCCAGACCACUAAUGAAGGCUUGGAUGAUGCCACCAUCGGGGACCAGGGCUUUGACGUGAUCCAUUAUGGUUUUGGUUUGAUAAACCACACAGAGGAGGGCAGCACUGGCUUUCCAUUUGGCGUGGCACACGGCACAGACCAAGCAAGUAUCGCCAUGCCUGUGAACCCUGGACGAGCACUGAUGGUGUUCUUCAGUCUGAGGGUGACCAACAUGAUCUUCUCAGAUGAUCUCUUUAACAAGAGCUCCCCAGAAUACAAAGCUUUGGAGCAACGCUUCCUAGAGCUGCUUGUGCCCUACCUGCAGUCCAACCUGAGUCACUUUGAGAACCUGGAGAUCUUGAACUUCAGGAACGGGAGCAUUGUGGUCAACAGCCGGAUGAAAUUUGGCAAGCCCGUACAACAAGGCGUCACCACCACAGUCUAUCUGAUCUUGGAGGACUUCUGUAAUACAGCUUACCAGACCAUGAACCUGGCCAUCGAUAAGUACUCACUGGACGUUGAGUCGGGUGACCAGGCCGACCCCUGUAAGUUCCAGGCGUGUAACGAGUAUGCGGAGUGUAAGGUGAACAAGUGGUCAGGGGAGGCGGAGUGUGUCUGCAAUGCUGGCUACUUCAGCGUGGACAGCCUGCCCUGUCAGAGUAUCUGUGAGUUGCGAAAUGACUUCUGCCUCAAUGACGGCAAGUGUGACAUCAUCCCCGGCCAGGGAGCCAUCUGCAGGUGUCGCGUCGGGGAGAAUUGGUGGUACAGAGGAGAGCACUGUGAGGAAUACGUAUCCGAGCCGCUGGUGGUCAGCAUAGCGAUUGCCUCCGUAGCUGGAUUCCUAUUGGUGGCCUCCGGAGUCAUCUUUUUCCUCGCCAGGACGUUACGAGAUCAGUAUGACAAGGAUGAGUCGGAGGACCCCAUACGGCGAGCAGAGAGCCUCCCAUCUCUGGAGAGGGCGACAAAGUAUAACCCCAUGUUUGAGAGUGAGGCCACAACAGGCUACAGCCACUACUACCGGCGCUAUCCUGAAGCUCCUGUGUACAGUAGCGCCAGUGCUGAGGCCUCCACUGACUUCAGCAGCGAGGAGAUACGACACAUCUAUGAGAACAGUGAACUGACAAAGGAGGAAAUCCAAGACAGGAUACGCAUUAUCGAGCUCUACGCUAAGGACCGGCAGUUUGCAGAUUUUGUACGGCAGCAUCAAGCUGUCCUGGAUACCUGCAGAGAGAGCUCCUCUGCACAGACAUGAAAAUCUCCUGUGAACAAGAAACAUGUGAAGACUCUCCACUUGCUCACCAUGGCACUCAGAAUCUGGACUUUUUAAGAUGGACUGCAUUCAGACCACUGAUCUUUAUUUUCUAGACCAAUUCACAACAUCAACCUCUCUGUGUCUGCGUAUGUCCCUGCCUGUGUGGGCAGACUGUUCUUCCUCCUUCCUCGGUGCCUUCUCUUGACUGGGUGAGCUGGCUGUGACAUCAAGGGUCGUGUUUGCUGCUCAUCUACUUGGACGUCUCCCUUUGGGGAAAACUGGACCGCAUCCUAUUACUUGAAAUGUUGUCAGACACCUAACAGUAUUGUGUACAGUGGUACUUUUGCUUAGUGAAAUCAUAGUCAUAUCUGUCCAUUCUUAAAGGGAAGAACUCCAAACUGUGAAUAUGUAUAUAGUGUUGCUUAUAGUGUUGUAUAUAGUGUUAGGAUGUUUGAUAGUUAAGAUAUUAUUGUAAAUAGUUCUCUACUAUUUUGUCUCUACAAAGCUCAAAUUUACUCUUUAGGUCUUCUCAGAGAGGCACCGAGAGAGCUGCUCUUUAUUAGUCAAUGGUGCUAUCUUACUUUUAAAUACUCUUUGAAAUGUAGUGGUCUAUGAUGACUAAUUUUUACAAUUUGAAAGCAACUACAAUGGAUCAACUCUGUAUAUACUAUUGUACAUUAAAGGAAUAGUUUAACAUUUUGGGAAAUACGUGUAUUCCCUUUCUGGCAGAGAGUUCGAUUGAACUCAUAUCUGUCAGGUAAAAUAAGAAGCUACAACAAGCAGCCUUUAUCUAAGCGCUAACCUCUUUGUGCUAAGCUACGCUAAACUCCUGCCUGCUGUAGCCCUACAUUAAAUGUACAGGUAUGAAAAGGGCAUCAAUCUUCCACUCUAAAACUCUGCCAGAAAGCAAAUCAGCAGUAUUUCCUAAAACGUUGAUUUCUAAUUCUUUAAGGAGGCCAAAUUUAGUGUCAGUGUACGUACUAUACUGUUCAUCAGUGUAAAAGCAGCUUUUCACAAUCUGAAUGUUUUACCAGCUAUUUUCCUACUGGCAGGUGAUUUUUCUGCCUUUUAACAGCUGUAUGUUUGUAAAUGUAUGGCGUGGUAGACAUGAUAAAGUGAAAACAGUGGUGAUGGGAGAAAGGCAGAGAGCGUGAGCCCUCUAUAGCUCUGGGAUCCAGAAAUAAGUGAAAACACGUUUCAGUGGAAAAACGCUGUGGGGCAAGUGGCCCAGGGAUUUGAUCAAAUGGUCUGCUUUCAGAUGUAAUGCAACUGAAAGAACAGGAGAACCAGGAAAAGCAAGCUGAUAAACAGCAUGUGCUCUAUGGAAAGACAACCUCAAGCUGCAUCUCCUGCUGAAAGAACGUCGAGGUUACCAACAAUUCCUAAAAAAAAGAUCUGCCCUGUGACUACUUGUUUGGACAUGAUCCUGCUCCUCGAUCUGGAACUUCUGACAGACUAAUUCCAGUGUUUUCUUUGGUAUUGUCAUGUUCCUCCUUGGACUCGUGCUUGAUCCUUGUUCUCCCUUGAGUGGACCCUCACAGCUGCAGCCGAUUACAAUCUGUAGGUUUCUGUUUGUUGUCGGACAGUGUGGCGGUCAGUCCUCUCACUAGGUCAGAGUUAGACACGUAGAACAUGUCCUAGCUACUUGUUUACAUUUCACGCUUUUUGCCCUUUGCUCUUAUUUUAGGGGUCUACACAAGCAAAAAACACAGGUGAAGCAGACUCUUGUCACAAUGUCAUGCCUUUUGCAAUCUGCGUAUUCCAAUUUAUUUCUAUUUGCAUGCUUUUUUGUGUCUGCAUUCAGUUUUUGUCAACAUCCUCCAUCUGCCACCUGGACAAACAUCCCAUACAGUGUUCUCUCAUGUAAAUAACAUUGAAGACGUUAACAGUUGUAGGAUGUAAAUCAUGUGUGUCUCAACUCUUUCAAUAUAUGAACAACUUUUUAUACUGAUAACUGUUUCACCACUUUAACAGUGUUAUCAUACCGUGCAGCUGUGUAAAUUACUACCAACAAAU